AUGCUACUUUGGAAAUUUUUGGUUCUGAUUGUACUGCCUGCCGCGGCAAAUGGGUGCGUCAAUGCCUCCAAUCCGAAGUUCUUUAGGAAAAAGCCUGCUAAACUAGAUGAGAAGCCUACAGAUACUUCGAAGACUAGAAUGUUAUCAACAAGUGCUUUGAGAACCAUGAUAUCUUGGAAAGUUUUUGUUCUGGUUGUGCUGGUUGCUACAACGAAUGCCAUCCCCUAG